CAAUGUUUUUUUUUUUUUUCUUUCCCACUGACACACGGCAACUUUCACAGAGGCAACAAACCCACUCGAGUCUCUGUUGUCUGCUGCUUUCUCGGACUGUCACGGAGCUUCAUUGACUAGUGCGCUCUCCGGCAUGGACGCUGAAGAUGCCCACUUCGGGGGUGUGUUUGGAGCUCAGUGCUCUAACGCAGCCAUGAGCAUCAUUGGGGCUGAAGAUGAGGACUUUGAAAAUGACCUGAAUGAUGUGGAUGACCAGUGUACUCUCUUCAACAACAUAGAUCUACUGAAGGGACGGCCAACCCACCUGCUGGUCUUCAUGCAACAUGUCUUUCUGCAGUUUGACCCCGCCCCCUUGCUGUGUUACCUCCAUGCUGACCUCUUCAGGAACCUCAGUGCCAAAGAGACCAAGAAGCAGUUUGUGGAAUUCUACAACAACUUCUUGGACAAGGGUGCAAUUCUCAGAGUGGCUGUGCCAAGUCAAAUAUCUUACGAUUUGGACCGAACACGUCCAGACCUGCUGUCUGAAGACACACAGAAGCAUUAUGCUCAGGAAGUUCAGAAUCAACAGGCUGCUGAAGUGGCCAAGCAGCUGGAAGACUUCAGGCAGAAGAGGAUGAUGGGUAUGACCCCCAAUGAAGCCGAGCUCAACGACGUGGAGAGCCACUAUCCCACCGACCGCGUCCCGAGGGAGAUGAAGGAGAAGUCUGUGGCUGAGAACCUGCUGGACAAGAUGUCGGAGACACAACCAACUAUCGUCUCAGACGAGGAGAAAUGCCAAUCCAUCUUUUCAGCCGUCGUCUACUACAUGAAGCACCUUGGGGUGAAAACCAGGGCAGUGGACAGUAAGAAGUCCAGAGGAGGCUUCUUCAGGAGGCAGCUGGUAAAGAAUAAGAAGGAUGAAUCUACCAAGGGCAAGCCCAGAGGGGUGUUUCCAGGCAUCCCCAGCUGGAUCGCAGGCAGCACUGAGGUCAAACCUAAAAUGGAGGCUGAAGUGGAGAAGGAUAAAAACAGUCUGGAGCGUAAGAGUCUAACUCCAGGCAGAGGCUCCCUGACCGAUGCUCCAGUACUGUCACUGCCCAGCAGGAAGUCUCACUCCAGUGGGAGCUCCGUCUCUGUACCUGGGGUAGAAAUAAGUGACACUUCAGGCAACAGCAUCAGCACCGCCCUCAGCCCAGAGUCUACUAUCCCUGAUGGCCUCUUGAGCAACCGCUUAGAGCCUCCGGCCCUCUCUGAUGGGGGGGAUGUGUCACCGGUGGGGCUGGGGGGGGUGCUGAACCUUGGGGAGCCUGUCUCUCCCAUUGACACGCCCACAGAGGAGAAUUUGGAAAAAGACAGACGGAAGACAAGUAGGAAAUUGGGUCGUAGCGAGAGUGCUCGCGUGGAUCGACACUCGUCCCGCCGCCGCGGCUCUUCCCGGGCCAAACAGUCCCGCUCCCGUAGCGAUGUGGACCUCCAGCCGCCUUGUACCACCACAACACCUGCCCCGCUCACCCCCCAGCACCACCGUCCUACCGAGGGACUACUUUUAAGUCCCGAGGGGCCCGGCCAAUCCCCAACCAGCCCCUCCCCACAGCUGGAGGAGCUGUCCCCACGCCUCCUGGAGUUUGAGCAUGAUCCACCCAACUGGAGGGAGCUGGCCUCCCCCGAAGCUCUGUCCAGCCUCAGCAAGAAGGAGACCAAGAGGCAGGAGGUCAUCAAUGAGUUGUUUGCGACAGAGCACGCCCAUGUGCGCAUGCUAAGUGUUCUUCAGAUGGUCUUCUCCAAACCCCUGGAGAGAGUGGAGCUCCUGAACUCCACUGAGCUGGAAACCAUCUUCCCCAGCUUAGAUGAGAUCAUUGAUAUGCACUAUAACUUCUACGAGAACCUGAAGAAACUGCGUUUGGAUGACAACUUCAUCGUCAAGUCCAUCAGCACCACAGUUCUCAACAGGUUUGGUGGUCCAGAGGGGGAGUGGUUCCAGAAGUUGACCGCCCGCUUCUGCAGUCACCAGUCAUGGGCCUUGGACCAAAUCAAGAGCAGGCAGAAAAAAGAGCCUCGCUUCAACUCCUUUAUACAGGAAGCAGAAAGUAAACCUCAGUGCCGCAGGCUGCAACUCAAAGACAUCAUUCCUAUAGAGAUGCAGAGACUGACCAAGUACCCUUUACUGCUGGAGAACAUCGCCAAGAACACAGAGGACGCCACAGAGAAGGGGAGGAUCAAGCAGAGCGCAGAGUGCUGCAGAAAGAUCCUCAACCAUGUCAACGACGAGGUCAAAGUCAUGGAGAACCUGCUGAAACUGAAGGACUACCAGCGCAGAUUGGACACAUCAGGCCUCAAACCAAGUAAUGAGCUGUAUACUGAAUACAAGAACAUCGACCUGACUCAGAAGAAGAUGCUCUAUGAAGGUCCUUUGAUCUGGAGAGUGACCAAAGAGAAAGCCAUAGAGGUGCAGUGUGUCCUGCUCGGGGACCUGCUGGUGCUGCUGCAGAGACAGGACGACAAGAUGGUCCUCAAAUGCCAGAGCAAGAGCAACAUCGCCAUCCAGGAGGGCAAGCAGAUGCUGAGCCCCGUCAUCAAGCUGGACUCGGUCUUUCUCCGUGAGGUGGCCACAGAUCGAAAGGCCUUCUACGUGAUAUUCACCUGGGAAAGUGGAGCUCAGAUCUAUGAGCUAGUGGCUCAGUCUGUUGGAGAGAGGAAAAUCUGGACUGACGUAAUAAAGUCAGAAGUGGAUAACCUGAAGAAGGGUGGGGCACCAAUAAGGAUGCGGCCGCCUGGAAAUGGAGGAUCCCUUUCCAGUCCCUCCACGCUGAUUGUCCCGCCUGAAAAUGGAGGUCUCAAAAGCGUCAGUGAUCGAGAUAAGGACAGCCUGACCGAUGACAAGUCCUCAGACCCCAGGCACCGGCUGAUCGAUUUCCUGUCAGAGAAAGGCUUCGACUUGAUAGGCCACUCCAACAGCGACCAGGAGAAGGUGGCCAACUGUGCUUUGGACGAAGUGGUGCUGCUGAAAAAGCUCCUGGUCAGGAGCAUCAGUCUGUCAGAAGACUCACCGACCGACGCAGAGAACGGAGACGAGCAUUCACCGAGGUCCGGCCAAGAGAUGGAUAGCUGUCAAUCAACAGAGGAAAACCAGAGCUCAGACAGAGGAGCUGAAGAGGAGAGCGACAACAGUGUGAUGGAGGAAGUGUGCAGGAAGCUGCACAGUCUGGAGGAACAGCUGAAGAGAUUACAGAUUGUUGAAGAGGAGCACCACAGGUUGCAGGAGGCUCUCUCUGAGUUUUCUCUGGAGGAACGCAACUUCCAGUGAGACACCAUCACGCCACCUGCUGGCCACUAGAUUUUUGCUGGUGCUGGUUUUGUAAGAGUGACUUUCAACGGCUUCCUUGGACAUUUCCAAAACUCUCAUGAUAAGUCACGUCUGGACCCUUGCUGCCUUAUUUGUCUGUGUCAAGCAGGAGGUUUGUUUUUUUCUGCCAAACAGAGGGAGGGACGGAGGGAGGGAGGGAGGGAGCGCUGUGCUCCACGCGGUGGUUCAGUGCCAGAACAUGGGAGGUGUGUGCGUGUGUGUGUGUGUGUGUGCAUGCUGGGUAGGGAAACGUACAGAGACGAGACUUCUGAGGGGGAAGUUGUGUUUGCAAAAGAGUUGCCAAAAAAAGAAGCAGUCAUUUUCCAGUGUGAGAGACGCUGGCUUAGAAAACAUAGAGAUUAUAAUCUGCUGUAACACACAUAUGCACACGCUGCAGAAUCAUGAAACAAUGGUGCCAAAAAAAAAACACAAAAACAAGCAGACUGAUGCAGAUUGUUAUUGGCUCACUUCGCUGUACUGGAGUAUGGAUGUAGCAUAUGGAGAAGAAAAAAAACUACUGCUGAUUAUUUUGUGUUAUUUCUCAUCUAUAUUAUGCCAAAGUUACACAGAGAUGCACUUUCUUUCUGAUCAAAACUCAUUUGAACACAAUUUUCUCUUAUUAAGAAAAGGCGAUGCAAGCAAGUGUGUGUGUGUGUGUGUGUUACAGAGUUCUUUUUUAAUUUGGAGGGAUCUUACUGUAAUUAGGCCACAAACAAAGUAAACAUUUAUAAAUAGUAUUACUGCAGGUAAUCAUGUUGUUAAUAAUUUGUUUGUAUGCACCGCUUUUAUUUAUUCUUCUGAGUCGUGUUGGGUCAGUGGCUUUUCCUUCACCUGCGACACAUUGUUACAGCACUGGGCCUCACACACACACACACACGCACACACACACACACGCACACACACACACACACACACACACACACACACACACACAGCUGAGAUGGAAGACUGAGAAAGUGUGACAAAGAUGAGGAUGGACGGGAGAGAGAGUUCAGGCUACGUAGUUGCUUUGUGUGAGUUUGCAGCAAAGUCAUGGGACGAUGUGAAAACCUUAUCUUUAGCUGAGCAUUAGGGACACGUGUGGAAACACAAUGAAGUGAAGUAAGAGAAAGUCAGAAUUCUAAA